UUACUGAAGUUAUAUAACAGUUUGGGAGCGUGUCUCUAACCAAAUCAGCACCAUUGUCUCGCAAACGGCUUUAUCACCACAGCGGCAACUGACACGAGUUCAAAGGGGAGGUCACAUCUGGUGGCCGGGUGGAGAGGCGGUCGACUUGGGCGUGAGUCGUGACGUCAUCGGCGAGGCAGCGCGGCUUGUUGCAACGAUCCACGGAUGCAAUCAGUGUUGAGCCGCUGAGGGAUGCACGCGCUUGGGAUACUGCUGGUGGUAGCCGCGGUGGGCGCGGUGGACUGCGCGCGCAUCCUCGUCGUGCUGCCCACUAACACGAAGAGCCACUACGCGAUGUAUGGGCGCCUGGUACACGCGCUCGCUAACAGGGACCAUCAGCUGACUGUUAUCACACAUUUCACCAUGAAAAACCCACCCCCGAAUGUAGAGGAGAUCAAUCUGGCCGGCACGAUUCCUGAGUUGACGAACAACCUGACUUCACAGCAAUUCUCCUUGAAACCUGACUCUAUCAGAAACCUGGAGCAAAUCAUGUUGGAGUGUGUACACUCAUGCGAUAUAGUGUCUCAAAACCCAGCGGUCAGAGCACUAGUCAAUUCAUCGAAGACAUUCGAUUUAGUUAUAGUAGAAGUUUUUGGAAGCGAAUGCUUUCUUCCCUUCGGCAAGAGGUUUAAAGCUCCGGUUGUAGGACUGCUCUCGAGUGUACCUCUACCUUGGGUCAACGAACAGUUGGGGAACCCCGAAGGAACGGCCUACAUACCAGCCUACAUGAUGGAGUAUGGACAACGAAUGAGUUUAUGGGAGCGACUCAUUAAUACUGCAGCAGUUGCUUGGGCCAAAAUUUUGUACAGAUAUAAAUCACAGAUACCUUCGCAGGUGAUUGCAGAUAGAUUGUUUGGACCAGGCCCGAAGUUAGAGGCAUUAGCUCAGAACUACAGUUUAAUUUUAUCGAAUAGCCAUUUCAGUAUUAACGAAGUACGACCACUAGUUCCUUCUUUGGUGGAAGUUGGAGGCUUACAUUUGGACAAUACUCAAACAAUGUCUAAGGAGCUGAAACAAGUUUUGGACAACGCUCACGAAGGCAUAAUCUACUGGAGCUUCGGAUCCAUGUCUCGUAUUGAAACUAUACCGAGUGAGAAAUUAUCGCAGAUCUUCACUGCCAUAUCUGAACUAUCACAAUCCGUGCUUGUGAGGUUGAACCGAAAAAUGCUCGCACAAUUAACAAAUCUCACUGUGCCAGAUAAUGUAUACACCAUGGACUGGAUACCUCAAUAUAAAACUUUAUGCCACCCGAACGUCAAGCUUUUCAUAUCGCACGGUGGACUGUUAGGCACUCAGGAGGCGGUGGCAUGUGCGGUGCCUAUGCUGAUGGUGCCACUGUACGCAGACCAGGCGCUGAACGGGCGAGCCAUGAGCGACCGGGGCGUUGCUCGUGUCAUCUCCCUCAGAGACUCUUCUGCAACUGAUUGGAGAGAAGCUUUCCACGACUUACUUGCGAAUAAUAGGUACAAAGAAAACGCGUUGAGGUUAAAGGAGAUGUUCCUUGAUCGAAUGUUACCUCCUCUGGAGACUGGGGUGUAUUGGAUUGAAUAUGUCCUGAGACACAAAGGUGCUGCCCAUCUAAGAUCGCCCGCUCUGGACCUUUCCAGCCCACAAUACCUUCUAUUAGAUGUCAUAGCACUCAGCAUAGCAAUAGCAUCAAUGACAAUUUUCAUCCUGCACAUAUUGUUUAGGUACUUAUGCACUCGCUGCAUUCGGUGGUUGCCAAAAGAUAUUGUAUUAGAGAAGAAACUUUUUAGGCGAAACAUACGGCUAUUUCAUUGUUUUCUUUGGAUUUACAAGGUGAAAUUGAAUUGAAUGAUAACUUUAGAUACAUAUUAUAGUGUUUCUUGUUAACGUGUUACGUGAUGUGAGUGCAUAGGUGUAAAAAAAUUGCUGACAUGGUGUUAUACAUUUGGUCAUUUAUGAAUCUUUAAAUUAAGCUGAACUGAUAAGUUUAAAUAAUCUAGUAAUAUUUUCAGACUUUUUGAUAUUUCUCUACUUUUGUAGAUGUUCUAAUCUAAACACAAAAAAUAGAAAUUGUAAGCCACAAAAUUAAUUUAAAAUAAUGAUAAUAUAUUCAUAUAAACCAAAUGAACAGCUCUUGCAGUUGGUCUGUCUCAAAGUUCAUAAUGAUUUGUAAAAAAGAAGUCAUGUUAUUGGACAUGAUUAAUAUUGCUCUUUUCUAUAAAUUAAUAAUUCUUUUACAGCCAGCAUUUAAUGUAAAUAAUAACAAAUAAGGUAUUUAUUAUUUCCACCUGUGACAUCAACUAUUAUAAUAAAAAACAUAAAUGUAUAGCAUUAUUAUAUUAUACUGUUUUCUAAUAGCAUUAUAUGCAUAAUAUCUUUGUUUUACAAGUAGGUAAUUGUUACUUAAUAUUUUGUUGUGGUUGGUAUCCUGCUAUAUCAGAAGAUAGAUAAAUAAAUGACAAAAAGAUACAAAAAUCUUUUUUGAUACCUUUUGUAUUCUAUAAUAUGGUAUACUGUGUAUAGGUAUGUAAUUAUAUGAUGAACUAGCGGACGCCCGCGAAUUCGUCCGCGUGAUACUCGAUGUAAACUUUCAACUACCCCUACCCAACUCUACCCCUACCGUACCCUACCCCUUUUCCUGAAUUAUUUUUGCUAUAAACCUCACGGAGCCCGAGACCAUUCCAACGAAUACAAAACCGUGGAAAUCUGUUCGUGCGUUCUGGACUUAUAGCGUCAGGAAGGAAAGCCUGACUUAUUUUUAUAUAGUAGACUAGCGGACGCCCGCGACUUCGUCCGCGUGUCACUCGAUGUAAACUUUCAACUAUCCCACACCCAACGCUACCCCUACCCUACCUUACCCUACCCUACCCCUACCUUACCCCUACCCUACCCUACCUUACCCCUACCCCCACCCUACCCUUACCCUACCCCCACCCUACCCCUACCCUACCCCUACCUUUUCCUGAAUUUUCUUUGCUAUAAACCUCACAGAGCCCGAGACCUUUCCAAAGAAUGCAAAACCGUGGAAAUCGGUUUGUGCGUUCUAGAGUUAUAGCAUCAGGAAGGAAAACCCGACUUAUUUUUAUAUAGUAGAAGAUAGAUAGAUAGAUUGUCAUUUAGAAUACUGCGAUGUACAUAAUGUGAUGAAAAGAGAUUAUAUUAUUUUAUUAAAGAUUUUUAUUAUGUUUGCA